AAUAGCAAUCAUAAUAUUAUCUAAUUUUCUUAUAUUAUUUCCUGUUUGUUUGGUUCCUAUUGAAUUGGCGGCAUUAUGAUCAAGAAUGGUAAAGAGACGAGUGAAACUUAGUUUUUAACAAAUAUGAAACGUUUAUCAGAAGAAAGAACAAAACUUGUGUUCGAAAAAUUAAAAAAAUAUAUUGGAGAAAAUAUAAAAAAUUUGAUAGACCGACCAGAUGGCACAUAUUGUUUUCGUGAAAAGAAGGAUAGAAUAUAUUAUGUUUCAGAAAAGAUUUUAUCAUUAGCGCAUACAGUUAGUCCAGAUAAUUUAGUUAGUCUAGGUACAUGCCUGGGAAAGUUUACUAAAUCAGGAAAAUUUAAAUUGCAUAUUACUGCUUUGAAUUAUCUUGCACCAUAUGCUCAACAUAAGCUUUGGGUAAAGUCCUCUGCAGAACAACAAUUUUUAUAUGGACAUCAUGUUUUAAAAUCUGGUUUAGGACGUAUAACAGAGAAUACAGGACAAUACCAAGGUGUAGUUGUUUUUUCUAUGAAUGAUAUACCUCUGGGAUUUGGUGUAAUGGCUAAAAGCACAUUGGAAUGUAAAAAUGCUGAUCCUAUGGCAACAAUUUGUUUCCAUCAAGCAGACAUUGGGGAAUAUAUUAGAUCUGAGGAUACAUUACUAUAAUUUCUAAAUGCCUAAAUAUUUUCCUUGUAUAUAAAUAUUAAGAAGUUACAUUUAUAUAUAUGUACAUUUGUAUUUUAUAUAAAAAUGAGUAAGUAAAUACAUAUAUUCUUAUUAUUACUUUCAUCAAUAUGAAAGUUUUACAAAAUUGAACGAUAUCAUAUAAUAUAAAAAAUGUAUUAUAUUAAUAAUUAUUAGAUCAAAACAAUUGACAGUAUAGUUACAUCUGUCAAAAUUUUGUGUAAUUAUCAUUUUAUUCCAGUUUUGUAUAAUUAUUAAUUUUUAAGUUAAAAAAUAACAAAACAUUAAUUUCAUUAUGUUAUAAUUUCUAAGACUGCAUUGUGAAUUGCAUUAGUCAUGACUAAUGACAAUUGUAUAAAUACAAAAGAUGAACAAUUAUUCGCAUUAGAAGUUUUUGUGAAAGAUGUGACUCUUUAUGUAGAUAAAUCACAAAAAAAAGAAUUAACUCCUGAGUUAGGAGUUGAUUUGAAAUUCAUUGACUUUCCUCUAAUUAGAAUUUUUCAACAUGAGUACAAUCUAACGAAAACAGAAAAAUCCAAAGAAAUUCGUAAUGAUGCAAAAUGUCGUAUUGUGAAUUUCAAUUGUGGACAAACACAUUUAUUUCCAAGAAAUCCAAACGAAUUGAUAAGUGCAAUGAGAUCUUCACUACUAACUAUAGAUGUUUAUAAAAUAAAAAGCAUAUCAAUAUGUCCAUAUGAAAUUAUGAAGGAUUCUUUAGGUGAAGCAAAAAUACCUUUGUAUGGAUGUUUAUGCGAUCAAAUUUCAAUGGCAAUUAACGACACUUAUCACAUGCCAAAACCAUACGUUAUUAAAAAUAAAUUCAUUUUAUUAAAUCAAGAUCGUACGGUGUCUGGAAUGAUAUCUCUUUUUUUAAGACUUUUAUGCGUUGGAAAAUAUAGUACUAUUGAGUUUGCAAUUGAUGAAAAAACAUUGUUAUUUAAAAACCAAAAUUUCCCUGAUGAAUUUCGAUGCAUGAGAGUCCCUAUUUAUGACGAAAUUUUAAUAAAAGCACAAGAAAGAGAAAGAAAAAUUUGUUUUCCUGACGAAAAACUUAAGUCGAAUGAAAUAGAUUUAUUGCCAAAUUUCAUUAUUGACUUAACUCAAAUUUGUACGAUGUUGGCAGAACAAGAUGGAAUUCCUAAAGAUCUCUUUUCUAAAUUAAAACCUAAAUUCACUAAUAAAUACAAAGAAAUUAACGAUAAAGGAGAAUAUAAUUCUUGGAUUUCAGAAAAAUUAAUAAUAGAUACUUCUGUUUCUAAUGUACGGAUAAAAUCGCACUUAGGUAAUAGAUCCUGUUAUUCUGUUGGUUGUUCUGGUGGACUUUGUAUUGGUGGAAAAUCAAUAUGGGAAAAUAAAAAAUACCUAUAGAGAAAUAGACUCGAACAUAUUGCAUUGAAAUGUAAUUAUUGUAACAUAUUGAACGAAGUAACGCGCGGGCGGAGUACUACACAAAGGGACACAAAGAGACACGAACGUCUGUACGAAGGUACCCGAAGAUAUACGAAUGUACUGUACAAAAGAGACGUGAACAGACGUGAAAAUACUAUACGAAGAAACGUGAAAUAUUGCAUGGAGAGGGAUAUACAAAAUGAAAGCUUAGAUAAUAAUCGACGAAAUAUAUAUAUUCAUCUGAUUUUAAUAAUUAAUAGCUAUGGGUGAUUAUGGGUUUAAAAACUGAUAAAUUUAUACGAAUCAUAGCAACAUAAUGCGGGUUAUUGUAGGUAAUAACUAAGAAUUGUUAAUGGCGCGCAACAAAUGGUAUUUGAAACCACUUAAAAAUUAUUUCAAAGUAGCUUGAUGUAAUGAAGAAUCGAUAUUCAUUCACAAGUUAUCUUUCUAAACAACUGUAAUUUGGACAAUUACCAAUAAAAAUUUGUUACUAUGCGAUUGAAAAACAGUAAUAAGGUUUUGUAAGAAUGUUUCAUUAAUAUGUAAUAUUCUGUAUAGAACGAAUUAGUUGGCGAUACACAUACAAAUAUAAAUUAGAAAAUAUAAAUAGUUUGUAAGUUUGUAUUCUAUAUAAAAAGUGAUUCUCUCUACGUUAGAAAAUUAUUAAUAGUGAAGCUACGAAAAAAAAAAAAAAAAUAUUUCAUCAGCAGGCAAUUACGGUCGUACCGUUGCGUGCGCACCAUUGAGGUUAUGUCGGACUCGUGACGUGCGCACAGUAUCCGUACGCGUCUUUUAUCGUUUAAUUACCACUUCGUUUCGUGUUGUUGGGCGUCGAUAAGAAAUUCUUUUUACUAAUCUAGCGACCUUCAAGGAUUCGUGUUAAUAAUCUAUUGGACAUUUGGUAGAUUAAGCAGGAUUUCUACUUUUUCGCUAAUUCGUAAAUAGAAUAGUUACAUGAGAAGAUCGUCCAUUAUCUUAACGAA